AUGCAAUCAUACAUUACUUCUAAUAGCCCAUUCAUCGUUUCUGGUAACUCGCCUUUUAAAUAUGUCGAAACGAUCUGUCAGACACCCACUGUCCAAGAGUCGACGUAUUUGCGAAAACGAGACCUCAGCCGGUUUUCAUUUCGGAACUCGCGCAACAUCGCCAGUGCAACACAAAGCAUUUUGGUUGCGCUUCUAAAUAUUAAAUUCAAAAUAGUACUCAAGUCUCCAUUGAAGAAAGCAAAAGUGACACAACAAUUACUUCGAAUAGAAUCAAUAGAAAAGGAUAACACUUCCUUAUUUAUUGAAGACUUUGUCCAAACAAGAUGUAUCAACAGAUUAACAUUUGACAAAGAGAUGGGAGUUUCUUCUAAGACAGCAGGACGUCGUGCAGAGUACAAUAAGUUAACGGAGAACAUUCAUUUGUUAAUGGACGUUUUACGAGAAGAUGGGUUCUUCUUUGAGACGGAGACGACAAAAGGUAAAAGAGGGACUCUUAAAAUGGAAACCAUUAAGAAGAUAUAUUGGAAUGGGAGACUCUUUUUGGAUAAAGACGAUAUAUGGGAGAGGGGGUCUCGAAUCAAUCAAUACAUCAAUUCAGUUUUUGAAUAUCAAGACAUUUUAUGCCUUGGAGAGAUGGACCGUGUGAUUCAAAGAAUGUAUUGA